AUGAAGACCAACAGCCUGCAUAACGGUGAAAGACUUCGUGCCUUUUUCAAAAAUUUCAUCCCUGAUAGAUCUAGAGAAAGAAUGGCUGAAUUUGGUAAGGACAAUACUGUGGAACUUGGAGAUUUUUUAGUUUUUCAAUAUGAUGGCAAUUGUGUUUAUGAUGUAAUAUUACUUGGCCACAAUGCUUGUGAAAAGAAAGGAGUUGGAGCUUUUAAAGUAAAGGAAAAGGAGGAGGAAACUAAGGGGUUUGAAGAGGAUGAUGAGGUGAAAGAAGGAUGGGACGAAGAAGGGAAAUCUAAUGAGUUUGGAAAAGAAGAAGAAGAGGAGGCAGAAGAUGACACUAACAAGGUUGAAAAAAAAGAAGAAGAAGUAAAGGACGACGAGAAAGAAACUAAUGAAGAUAAAGAGGAAGAGAGCUACUCUGAUGCAACUGAAAUGGACGAGGAUUCUGACUAUAAGAUGGAAAAGAAAGAUGAUAGCAGGUUGCAAAAUUUGCAAAUGAGGGAUGCUGUUGAGGUCUACCAUGAAGGUCCCAACACAUCACAUAUCUACAACAAAAACCAUAGCAGAAGAUAUACUGAGAAAGAAGAAGAGGAAGGGAAAGAAGUAGAAAUAGAGGAAAAGGAGGAAGAUAAUGAGAUUGAAACAAAGGAAGGAAAGAAAGAGAAUCGAGCUAAUGAGCUUCAAAAAGAAGAGAAAGGAGUGGUGGAGAGUUACACUGAUGCAACUGAAAUGGUCACGGAUUUUGAUUGCAUAAUGGAAGAGGAAGACAAUAGUACUGAAAAAGAAGAAGAAAAAGAGGAAGGGGAAAUAGCUAAAAUAGACAAACCAGUUGACACUAUAGCCUCAAAGCAUUCCUGCAAAGACUUGAAAAUGUUCAAAGGUGGCGAUCAUAUUAAUCAUGCAGAAGCUAAAGCUGCUAAAGGUAAACGUCGUACCACAAGGAAUGUUGACCAUUAUGGCCGUGAUCUUUUCAAGUCUAGACGCAUUCCCCAGCCAAAAAAUCCUUAUUUUGUUAUAAAAUUAAAGGCAAAGAGAAAAGAUGAACUGUAUGUUCCGAUUGAUGUUGUGAGAGAUCACAAUCUUACACUGCCACAAGAGAUUAUCCUUGUUGACCAACAAGGCCGAGAGCGGACUGCAACUCUUAAUCAUUGGAAGGAUGGCAGACUUUAG